AUGCCCGCGGCCAUGUCCCAUUUUGGCGUUGUCCUGGGUGUCUUACUGAUCAUCUGGUGCGGUUUCACGUCCGCCUUCGGCCUCUACCUCCAGGGCCGCUGCGCUCGGUACCUCGACAGGGGAACGUCGUCCUUCUUCGCCCUUUCGCAGCUCACGUAUCCGAAUGCCGCCAUCGUGUUUGAAGCCGCCAUUGCGAUAAAAUGCUUUGGCGUGGGCGUCUCGUACAUGAUCAUCAUUGGCGACCUCAUGCCGGACGUGGCGGAAUCAUUUGGCAGCGGGGACCUGGGUCUUCCGUUCCUGGAUGACCGCCGGUUCUGGAUUACAGCUUUCUUCCUGUUAUUCAUAAUCCCGCUGAGCUUUCCGAAGCGGCUGGAUUCGCUGAAGUACACAAGCAUGGUCGCUCUUGCCGCUAUUGGGUAUUUAGUCCUGCUAGUCGUCUACCACUUUGCGGCCGACGAGAUCCCCAACGACCGGGAUAUCCGGAUCAUUACUUGGGAGGGACCGGUGGCCGUGUUGAGUACGCUACCGGUGGUCAUUUUUGCAUACACUUGCCACCAGAAUAUGUUCUCGAUCCUGAACGAGAUCAAGGACAACUCGCCGGGCAGCAUUGUAGGCGUCAUCGGUUCGAGCAUUGGUACCGCCGCGUCUGUCUACACCUUGGUUGCCAUCACCGGCUACCUCACCUUUGGCAAUGAUGUCAAGGGCAACAUUGUUGGAAUGUACCCCAUGUCCAUCGCGUCCACCAUCGCCAAGGCGGCCAUCGUCGCGCUCGUAACCUUCAGCAUCCCGCUCCAAAUCCACCCCUGCCGCGCCUCGAUCGACGCCGUCCUCCGCUGGCGGCGCGGCCCCAGCAAUCCGCGCUCCCCGAUCACGCCCGGCGCCACCAUGGCGUCCCCCGGCGGCGGCAGCCAGCCGCUCCUCCCCUCGGCGCGCGCCGCGUCCCCCACGCUCGACAGCCACGGCGCUCCCACGCAUACCAUGUCGGAGCUGCGCUUCGCCCUCAUCACCAGCACCAUCCUCGUGCUCAGCUACGUGACCGCCCUGCACGUCUCCACCCUCGACCGCGUCCUCGCCUACGUCGGCAGCACGGGCUCCACCUCCAUCUCCUUCAUCCUGCCGGGCCUCUUCUACUACAAGAUCAGCGACCCCGACAGCAUCCACCACCAGCGCCUGUCCAAGGAGGACGACGAUGCCGCGUUGGACGGUGUCAAUGAUGACGACGACGAUGAUGGUGAUGAGGAGGCCGCCGUGGUGGCCGGUGACCAGCAGCAGCAGAUGGCUGGUUCCGGUUUGCUCGCGGCGAGCGUGGCCAGCCUGCGGUCGACGGCGAGCGGGUCGGGCCGCGCGAGGGGCGGCUGGCUGCGCUCGCGCCGCCGGUGGCGCUGGGACCUGGAGCAUCUCGAGACGGGCCUGCUGAGGAAGCUGUCGCUCUGCUUGUCGGUGUAUGGGUUUGUUGUCAUGUUUGUGUGUCUGGGGAUGAACAUGUUUUUUAAGCACUAG